CAAGUCAAUUUACAGUUAGCUUUUUGUUUUGGUUGACGCAACGCGUUGGUUGAAGACGAGUGUGGAAAGUGAACCCGAAUAUUCUGUCCCGGUAGAAGAUGGAAGAAUUCGACGAAGAAAGGACAUGGGAGGAAGGCGACGCCGAUUCGCCUCUGGGCGAAGAUCAGGAGGCUCUUGUCGAGCGAAUUCAACAGGAAUGCAUCGAGAAGUUCAGCAGCCUGGACUUCAUCAUGGAGCCCGGCAUAUUCGUGCAGCUGAAACGCUACUUCCAGGCGGGGGGCAACCCGGAGCAAGUCGUCGACCUGCUGCUGGAGAAUUACCAGGCAGUCGCCCAGACGGCGAACCUCCUGGCCGAAUGGCUCAUCAUGGCAGGGAUGAAGAUUACCGAGGUACAAGGCCUGGUGGAGGACCACCUGAAGGAGAUGAUCCUGAAGCACUUCGACCCCAAGAAGGCAGACUCCAUCUUCAACGAUGAGGGUGAGACGCCUGCCUGGCUGACGGAGAUGAUUGAACACCCCACGUGGCGCUCGCUCAUUUACAAGCUCGCCGAGGACUACCCCGACUGCCUCAUGCUCAACUUCACCAUCAAGCUCAUCUCCGACGCUGGAUUUCAGGCUGAAAUCACGUCCAUCUCGACAGCCUCGCAGCAGCUGGAGGUGUUCUCGUGUGUGCUUCGAACGUCCACGAACACCUUCCUCGAGGGGGGCGAGGAGCGCAUGAGCCAGAAUCUCACCGAGAUGACACGCAUGGUUUGCCACGGCGAGCACACCUAUCUGUACAGCCAGUCGGUACUGCACACACUUGCACAGGAGCCCCGCGGUGGUUCCAACGUCAAGCGGCUCUCGCAGGAGAUCAGCCGGUAUGCACAGCGCGCGGGCCACGACCCAACACCUAUCACGAUGGCAUUGAACGGCGCCGCAGCCUACCCGCGCGCCUGCCAGGCCUUGUCGGCCAUGCUGUCACGCGGUGCACUGAACCCGGCUGACGUGACGGUGCUGCACAAGAUGUACCAGGCACCCGACCCGCCGCCCGUCGAGCUGCUGCGCGAGCCGCACUUCCUGGACCUGCUACUUGACGCGCUGUUCCGGCCGGGCUCGCGCCUCAACCCAGAGCAUCGGCCCAAGUACGUGUUCCUGCUUGCCUACGCGGGCAGCGUGUACGAGACGCGUCGCAAGGGGGUGCGCAAGUCCCUGAAUCGGGACGAGCUGCGUGCCACGCAGCAGGCAGUGGAGAAGGUGCACGUGCUGUGCCAGGAGCGCCGUGGCUCGUCGGAGCUGGUGCCCGAGCUUGGGGCACUGUUCCAGGCAAUGCGCUACCCCGUGGUGGCCUUGGGAGUGGUGCACUGGGUGGAGCACACAGUGUCCGACUCCUCCUACUUCAAGCUGAGUACCGAGCACACGCCGCUGCACCUGGCUUUGCUCGACGAGGUGGUCGUCUGCCACACCACCCUGCACCAGAAGGUGCUGGACCUUCUGGUGCGCCUCUUUGAAUCCCCACCGCAUGAGGAGCUCGACGUGCUGGUUCAGCUGGAGCGACGCAAGAUGCUCUUAGACCGCAUGGUGCACCUGCUGAGCCGUGGGUGCGUCAUGCCAGUCGUCAGCUACGUCCGGGCCUGCUGGGAGCGGCAGGACACGGACGUGUCUCUCAUCCGUUACUUUGUCACCGAGGUGCUGGACGUCAUCGCACCCCCGUACACACAGGAGUUUGUCCAGCUGUUCCUGCCCCUGGCGGAGAGCGAGGAGAUCACGGGCAGCCUGCGCGCUGCGGCCGCGGCUGCAGAAAGCAGCGGGGCUUCCGGUGGAGGAGGUGGCAGCGGUGAGGGAGACGUAGUCUCCGAGUUUGUGGUACACUGCAAGGCAAACUACAUUGUCAUGAUGACCUGAGCAGUGCUGUUCUUUUGUGCAAGUAUUGCACUUUUCUUUCAGAGAUGGCACGGUGGUUUUCCUGCAGUGUGUUGCUGCCCAAGACAUGGCACUCAGCACAUUGUUGGAAUCUCGAUUGUGAGUGCAGUUCGUGAGGUUUUCAUGCAUGGAGCAAGUGUGUACUAUCGAACAUUAUUUUCAUAAGCUUGCCAACAUCUUGACACUUAGUGCUGACAUUGAUAGCGUGCCUUGGUGCCUUGUUUAGGGCAGUGAUACUUUGCCAGAGAGCCAACUUUGCACUUUUGAAAGAUUAGGCUUAUAUUUAGUGGCAGCGAAUUGUUGCUAUCUUGCUGCUUUUUUCUGUGAUGACUACGACACGGGCAGUGUUGCAGAGUAGGGAAGGGACUGUUCCACCAUAAACCAAUGGAGGUAUUGUUUUUUAGUUAAGUUCCCCUUUGCCCGUCUUUUCAUCAGGUUUAUGUAUAUAUACAUGUUCGUCUUUAACGGGUGUUUCAGCUAAGGCAUCUGAAAGUCCUUAAAGGUAAAGGAGUCGUUACAUUUUAGUUAUUUUUUGCAGCAGAGCUGUUAAGGAAAUUCCACAACAGUUUUUGAGUGGUGGCGUGGUUGGUGUCGAAUGUCAAGCCUGAAAAUAGCCGGUAUUGCAGCCUGUGUUGAAAAAUGCAGCGUAGCAUGAAACCAUAGUGGCCAUAUGACUAGGGCAUCGAUGAGAACGCACAGCCAGAUGCCAAUAUUGAUAAUGAACUGUCACUAACAACAGCCAGCAGUGACCGUAUAACCAUGGCGUCUAAAUGCGCUUUCAGAUGCUGACAUCAGAUAUAGUAGAAAGUAUGGAAGCUUGGAUAUAGUAUAGCAUUUGAAAAGACUUCAGUAUAGCAAAGGAAUUGCACAAGAUAUAGUGAAGCAUAUUAAAAUCUUGGGUACACUUAAGUCAAUCACAAAUCAGACCUCUAGGACUUCCGAAGGGCAUGAGAAGUCCCUUUAUACAGGCUUGCUGUCUUUGACGUAGGAGUUGCUCUGAUUUGCAUAAAUUUUCAAAGGCUUUGUGUUAUGGAUGUGCCUAACUACAGCGACAACCAUUAAUUAUGCAUAAGUUUACCCAUUUGAGGUGCUGAUUAACAAGAUCUUCGAUUAGCCUUUUAUUUAGCGUAGCUAUGCAGUCUGGGAGAACCUGAGGUGCUUGCAUGAUAAGAACAAGGUAAUGCUCCGAAUGUUUCCAGGCUUGUAUACUAACCAAGAAUACUUUGCGUGACAAGGAUAAGUGAGCUUUGCAACAACAGUGCAAGAUACUAGUCUAUCAGCAGUGGCGCAAUACACAUCAUAGAAUUGUAGCUGUGCUCUUGACAUGUUCAAUCUUGGUUUGGCAUGUCAGACAGGCUAUCAAUCACUACACUGUGGUAGUUAGUAUAAUUAUGGUCUUCAAAAUCUGGAAACUAUUAUGGACUACUCUGAAGGCAUGCUGCACUGUACUGUACAAGGGUGGGAAGAGGACAGGCAGCCUGCAAGUUUUACAUUGUAAAAGGACAGCAUAGCCAUUCUUAUUUCGAUGGCUCCUGCCACAGCCUCAAACUGAGGCUAGCAGUAUGUGUAAAUAAAGAAUAACUUUUAAAAAGUCCACUAUUGUGAUUUUGUUAAUCAGUGGCCCAAUUAGAAAAAAUGAGACAUUUUAAACUGUUUUCCACUGCCACUAGGGUCACCUCAUAAAGAUAACUCGAGUAUCUCAACUCGUCUAUCUCUAACCUUUCAUGGAUGAAUGUUGCCUACAGGCAACAAGUAAAAAAAACUUGUUUUUUUUUUCUUACUGAGUUUUGAUUUUGAGUAUGGUGUUUUUGGGUAAACGUCAUCAGCCAACACUGAAUGAUGAGCAGCAAUCAUCAUUUGUUGAAUUGGAGUGGGAACAGAGGAAGAGGAAGAAUAGUUUCAUGCGCAAUUUGCCUUCUUUUUCAAAGCACAAUCAGAGGAAAAAGACUGAUGCAAUAUCCGCAGCUUCACAGGUAUCGUGCAGGUAUUGCAGAGCAAAUGCAAUGUACACCUCUGUUUCACAUCUGAAGAGAACUGUCUGUGCGACUUUCACAUGGAUCCAUAGGUGGUUUGGAGCAAAGCUCACUUCCACUGUUCUGCCUGGCAUUGCCUACAGGCAUCAAACCCAUUACUGAAAAAGUUUCCAUAAAAUAUAUAAAUUUUUUUUUUUCGUUGAAUGUCUCCUUACGUGUAGUUCACAAAUUUCAACAAAAACAAGCAUUUUCUUCAGGUAUUUUAUUUAUUUAUUUAUUUCAUACUGCAGACCAAGAAUUGGUCCAAGCAGGACAGGUACAAGCGGUAGGAUAAAAGUACAAACACAAAAGAUAACAUAGGAAAAUAUUACGUAAUAUGGAAACAUAACAUCAAUAGUACGUAUCACCAAUUAACAGUACUGUAACAUGGGAAAAAAUAAUGUUAAUGGAAAUGCCAAAUAACAGUACGUAUCAAGGCUCUACGUUACACAAAAUUGGCUAAGAUCAGUUAGACGGUUCCAUUCUAACACAGUACGCGGGAAAAAGGAAAACUGAAACGCGUUAGUUUUAGCAAAGUACGGGGUUAAAGAAUGGGCUUGGUGAUGUCGUGUAUGUCUAGUGGACAGAGGAGAUAAAUAUGCAUGUGGGUCAAGGGCUAACUUACGAUUAAGAAGUAGGUAAAGAAAGUUGAGGCGGUUCUUUUUUCGUCGUAGUUCAAGUUUUUCAAUGUUGUUAGCAGCCAUGAGUUCAGACGGUGAGUCUGUACUUUUAUAUUUAGAAUAAACAAACCUAACUGGGUUUCUUUGUACAGCUUCAAGUUUUUUUAUGUUAGAUUUAGUGAAGGGGGUCCCACACAACACAAGAGUAUUCUAGUUUAGGUCUAAUAUAGGUAAAGUAACUAAGAAGUUUAAUGUUAGAAGGAGAAUUUCUAAGCUUAUGCUUUAGAAAACACAACUCACGAAAGGCGGCAGAACAUAUGUUGUCUAUGUGUAGGUUCCAAGACAGGUCAUCAGUUAUUGUUAAGCCGAGAUAUUUGUAGCUGGUUACCUGUUGCAGUGAUGAUGGGCCAAGGUUAUAUGUAAAGUCAAGAGGUGUUUUUGUACGAGUUACACAAAGAUAAACAGUUUUUUGUACGUUUAGGGCCAUACCAUGUUCAUUACACCAGUUUAAUAUGUUAUUAAGACUAAAAUUCAAAUUGUGUUGAUCAUUAGUACAAGUAACUUGACGAAAAAGCACACAAUCAUCCGCGUACAGUCUGAUUUGAGUUCCUGGUAGUACUACGUUAACAAUGUCAUUUACAUAAAGUAAAAACAACAAUGGCCCCAGAACACUGCCCUGGGGUACGCCUGAUGUUACGGGAAGAAAGCUCGAAUUGUUCCCAUCUACUGAAACAAACUGGGCACGUUCCGUCAAGUAGUCUUCAAUCCAUGCAAUAAAUAUAUCUGGCAGAUUAAUGUCCUUAAGUUUCGUAAUUACGGUAGUUUGUGACGAAUAACUUUGUCAAAUGCCUUACUAAAAUCGAGGAAUAUGACGUCCAUUUGACCAUUAUUAUCUAGAGCUUCUGCAAAUGAAUGAACCACUGUGACUAACUGAGUUACGGUUGAAUAACCCUGUCUAAAGCCAUGCUGAAAGUUAGUUAGUAUAGAGUUUUGUUCGAGGAAUUCCGCACUGCGUUUAGAUAUUACAUGUUCAAGCAUUUUAGAAAUUGGUGAUGUUAAUGAGAUAGGACAGUAAUUUUCUAAGAGUAAAUGGUUGCCUUUCUUAAAGAUGGGAACAACACGAGCCCUCUUGCAAUCACUAGGUAGUUUUGCAGUUAACCGUGAACAUCGAAACAGCACGAUGACAAAAUGAGCAAUAAUUUCUGCAUAUCGGCGAAGAAAUACAUUAGGUAUGUUGUCUGGUCCACAAGAUGAUUUUGUGUUCAAGUUCAAAAUCAUUGAAACAACCCCAGAGUAUGAUAUGAAGUCAACGUCAGUGGGUUGAAACAAUCUUGGAUGAGACGUAGUAAGACUUGUCUUAGCAAAGACACUAUGAAAGAAGGUGUUAAAAUGCUCCGCAAUGACUUUCAGAUCCGUAACUGUUUUUCCGUUAACUAAGAUCUGUGAUACUUGCCUCUUGCCGUCGCUUAGGAAGUUCAAGAACUUAUUAGGGUCAUUUUUUAGAAAGUUUGGUAGGGUUGUUUUGAAGUUAAAAGCCUUUGAUUCACGUAAGGUGCGUGCCAAAUUUAUUUUAAGUUCAUGAAUAACAGCAAAUCGUGGGUUAUUCUUUUUCAGUCGUUUCAAUUUGCGUUUUAGAUGGAUAAUUGUUCGUGUAAUCCAGGGUGUGUUUUUAGCAAUCUUUUUACAUUUGGUCGGUACAAAGGUGUUUAUGCAGUGAUGGGGGGGGGGGGGGGGGCACAUUUCAGUAAAUCGGCUCCAUAGCGCAUCAACAUCACCCUCAUGUUCAAUAAAGUCAGUAUAACAACUUUCCAUGUAUUCUACAAUAGAGGCAUCGUUAGAUCUUGAAUAAUCCUUGAAGCUUCGUAAGGUUGCACGUUUGGGAGUGACACAGUUGAUUAGGGGAAUAGUAACACUUACAAGAUGAUGAUCGGACAGGCCCUUUUCGAUUAAAACAGUAUACUCAUAAAAAUCACGGCUUAGAAACACUAGGUCCAAUAUUGCAUGAGACGAACCUUGUUCACGAGUAGGCUGUUUGACCACUUGAACUAGAUCAUGAGUAAGCAUGAUGUCAAAGACAAAGUUAGCAUUUUUGUUCGAUUUGCGGCUUGCCUGAACGAGUUCCCAAUCAACAUUUGGUAAGUUAAGAUCACCUAUAAGAAAGAUUUUUUUAUUGUGGAAUUGUAUCAUGUGUUCUUGCAAUUUUAGCAAAUAUUCAGGCACAGCGUCUGGUGGCCUGUAGCAUUCAUAUAGCACAAAGCAGUGAUCCCAACAAGUUAUUUUAAUGCACAAACACUCAAGCUCAGCGACAUCUGCUAAAACAAUCGCUUGUAUUGAAGGCUUCAUAAGAAUAGCAACACCUCCACCCUUACUUGUCCGGUCCUUACAAAAGACACUGUAACUCGGCGGAAAAACUACAUCAUCACUAAUUUCAUUUCGUAACCACGUUUCAGUGGUUACUGUAAUGUGUGGGUCGUAUUCGAGUAGUGUAGCCUUUUAAGUCUUAUCAUUAAAGGGCGAAGGACUUUUGGACCCUUAGUUGAAACACUUGUCAUGUAUAGUUGAGUUAUUUUCAUGGGAGGAAAUUAUUUUUUUCACCUGCUUGGUACUGACAUCAGUGACUGUGAUUUACAUUGGUGACUUUGCGAGAGGCCUGGACGGCCUCACAAAGCUAGCCCGAAGUUUGUAAGCUUUGUCAGGGCCUACAUUAACCUGAUGAAUGGUACCUAGAGCUUGAAGUGUACAUACUCUGUGAAGUGGGCUUGAUAAUGUACAUGAUAGACCCCUUUUACUUGCUUAACUUUUCCUGUUUGAUUACUGCAAAAAUUCAAAGCACCACUGCUGUUGCACAUUUUAAGCCUUUGAUGCACCUGGAUGUUUUAGCAAAAGCAGAUGCUUGUUUACAGGUAGCUAACGUGCAGCCAGAUUGUCAUGUCGGUGUUGUUUCAGGAACAUUUUACUGAGUUGGCGCUGUUUAGAGCACCUUCAUGUUUCGAUGUUAUCGUGCAACCAAGGUUCUGUUAUACACCUUAAUUUCUUUCUCUUUUUUUUUUUUUUUUCUCCCCGUACCACAACAUACACUUCUGUACUGUUUGCAAAGUUAGCACUGUGCUUAGUGCGCAUGUAUACCUGGACAUUCAAGUUUCAUCAUUUCCCAGCUAAUGUGUGUUCUGUCACAGAAACAAUGGGACAUGGGCCGCACAGAUAGAUGUAGGCAACAGUGGUUUGUCAUGCCGCUUUUUGGCUCACAAAGCUAGCUACCUUGUCUUACAAGCCAACUACCUUGUCUUACUUUUGGUGGAACAACAAUUCUACAUGGUUUUCAAUUGCAUCGCAUCACACUGCGACUUCUUUUUUCUCUCUCUUCCUUUCAUUUGUACAUACAAGUGGCACCAUUCAAGAUCUGUCAUGAGUGUUAGCCAAAACAUUGCUGCUGUUCAAAGUUCAUUGUAGUCGUUGUAAAUAAAAUUUCAUAUAAAACACA